CAAUAGUUGACAGCACAAGAAUACAGCACAUCUGUUUGAUUGUUUUUAAACGUAAUCUAUUUUCAUUUUCAUACACAGAUAACGUGCGGUUCAAGGAAAAGGAAGUUUGAUUGCGGUGGAUAAAAAUUAUUGCCUUUUUCCUUUUCAAAACAAGAAGUAAGAACCAAAAAUAAUCAACGUCAAAAUGCUGGAUUUUAGAUUAGAAGAAAAUCAGCUAUUAUGGGCUAUCCUCACAUUUCAAAUUCUGGAGUACUUGUGGGAGUUGUAUUUGGCUCGGAGACAGCACUCAGUGUACUGCAAAAAAGUGACUGUUCCGCAAGAGCUUAAAGGUAUCCUUCCAGAUGAAACUUACACAAAAGCAAGAGUCUACGCUUUGGACAAAAGCAACUUUGGUUUGAUCAAGGGAAUCAUCACCACUAUCAUUGGAACGGCAUUUGUCCUCUUGAAUGGGUUCAAGAUUUUCUGGACCCAGGCCAAGCUUCUGUUGGUCCAAGUCGGACUGAACCCUGAGUCGGAGAUUCAGGUCAGCAUGGCGUUCAUGCUGAUAAUGAACUUGAUGAACGUCGUGAUUGCAAUGCCAUUCACCGUUUACAGCACCUUCGUGCUUGAGGAGAAGCAUGGCUUCAACAAGCAGACCCCCGGCUUCUUUAUCAAGGACCAAAUCAAAUCGUUUUUCGUCGGACAACUGAUCUCCCUGCCUCUUGUGGCCGGACUUGUCGGCAUUGUCCACUGGGGCGGCAAGUUCUUCUUCGUGUACUUAUGGGGAUUCGCCACCAUGGUCAUCUUCUUCCUCAUGACCAUCUAUCCAGACUUCAUUGCCCCCCUCUUUGACAAGUACUCGCCGCUUCCUGAGGGUGAGCUGAGGUCCAGCAUCGAGGCCCUCGCCAAGAGCAUCGACUUCCCUCUUUACAAGCUCUACGUCGUCGAAGGCUCAAAGAGGUCAGUGCACAGCAACGCCUAUUUUUACGGAUUCUUCAAGAACAAGCGCAUCGUGUUGUUUGAUACUCUCCUGAAGGACUACACGCCAGAGGAUAAGAAGGACGAGGAACCUAAAGAGGAGGGUGAAAAGAAGGGUUGCAGCAAUGAAGAAGUGCUCGCUGUGUUGGCUCAUGAACUUGGACACUGGCAACUCAACCAUGUUGCAAAGAAUGUCAUCAUCAUGCAGGUCAACUUGUUCUUGAUGUUUGCCGCUUUUGGAUUCUUCAGCCAGUACGAACCAAUGUACCGAGCCUUUGGAUUCCUGUCAGAAAAACCCGUCCUGGUUGGCAUGGUUAUCGUCCUCCAGUACAUCUUCUCGCCUUAUAAUGCUGUGCUUGGCUGCGUUUUGACGUGCCUGAGCCGCCACUUUGAAUUCCAAGCGGACGAGUUUGCAGUGCACAUGAAAAAGGGCAAGGAGCUGUGUGACGCUCUGAUCAAACUCAACAAGGACAACCUCUCUUUCCCGCAAAACGACUGGCUCUACUCUGCGUGGCACCACUCGCACCCUCCCCUCCUGGAGAGGAUGGCCGCCAUCAAGAAGCUUGGGAAACCAAAAUCAAACUGACCCGCAAGUCUGCUUUCUCUGUCAAUUACUUAGUUUCGCAUUUCUCCAUUUUGCUAUUGAAUAAACGACACGCGAUAAU